AUGGUUGAGGCAGAGGCGCAGAAGGAAUCUGAGGCAGCGGCGCGGCAGAAGGCGGAGGCAAAGGAGCAGAAACAGGCUGCGGAAGAGGCCCUACAACUGGCUCGGGCAGAAGCGCGGAAGAAGGCUGUUGUAGAGGCGCGGCAGAAGGCAGAGGGUGAGGCACAGAAGAUGGCAAAGGCCGAGGAGCAGAAGCAGGCUGAGGCUGACGAACGUAGGAGGCCAGAUGGAGAGGAGGGUUCAGAUGGGAAUAAAAUGAUACAGACAGAGGGACGGGAGACGGCGGGUGCUGAGGGGCACAUCAUCGUAGAGGAAGAGGGGCAGCACGACGAGGAGGCAGCAUCAGAAGAAUCCGAGCGGCAGAAGAAGGCGAGGCAAGAGGACACGGAGCGACGACAACAGCAGGACGCAAAGAGGAAACAAGUGGCGGAUGACGAGGAGAGACAGAAGAAGAAACAACUGGACGAGCAAUGGCGGAAGAAGGAGGAGGAGAAGAGGAAGGAUGUAGAGGCCACAGAGCGGCGGAGGAAGAAGAAACAUCAGGAGGAAGAGCGAUGGCAGAAGGAGGUGGAGGCAGGAAUGAAGGAGGUAAUGGAGGCUAUGAAGGAGAUGAAGACGGGGAUGAAGGGGUGGAAGGAGGGGAUGCUAAGUGAGGUGGAAAAGCGGCUGUCAGUAGUUCUGAGAUUGGACGCAGAGCGGUGGCAAAAGGAGGAGCAGGGUAGGAAGGCAACGGAGGGAGAUUGGCGACAGAAGGAGGAUGCGCAGAGGAAGGAAGCUGAGAAGGACGAUCGGGAGGAAAGGAAGAAACAACAGGAGAAGGAGGACCGGCAAAAUGAGGAGGCGCAGAGGAAGGAGGCAGAGGAAGGAGAGCGGGUGGAGAGGGCGAAACAGCAGGAGAUGGCGCGCUUGCAAAAGGAAGAGGCGCAGCGGAAAGAUGCAGAGGAGGCCGAGAGGCAGGAGAGGGAGAAACAGCAGGAGAUGGCGCACCUGCAGAAGGAGGAGAGGGAGAGGAAGGAGGCAGAGGAGGUAGAGCGGCAUCAGAGGGCGAAACAGCAGGAAUUGGACCGUCUGCAGAAGGAGGAGGCGCAGAAGAAGGAGGCAAAGGAGGCCGAGCGGCAGCAGCGGGCGAAACAGCAAGAGAUGGAGCACAUGCAGAAGGAGGAGGCGCAGAAGAAGGAGGCAGAGGAGGCUGGGCGGCAGCAGCGGGCGAAACAGCAGGAGAUGGAGCGCCUGCAGAUGGAGGCGCAGAAGAAGGAGGCAGGGGAGGCCGAGCGUCGGGAGAGGGCGAAACAGCAGGAGAUGGAGCGCUUGCAGAAGGCGGAGCAGUGCCGAGCAGAGAAGAGGGCCAGACUUGCAUCCUUCGCGGAACAGCAGCGGCAACUGGAGGCAAAGGCAAAGGUGAUGGCUGAAGAGACGGAACGAUUGGUAGGGGAGAUGGAAGAGGAGGAUUUGACCAUGCAUGGGGAGGGGACUUGGAUGGGAGUCGAGGAGGAAAUAGCUGAGGGCCUGGGGAGUUUGCUGUUGAUUGAGAGCAGGGAGGCGAAUGUAGCAGAGGGCGUGGCUAUUGUUCCCGGACAUAACGUAGAGGUGUCCAGGAGGCGCCCAAGACAGGAGGACAGGGAGCCGGAGGGUCAUGCGGCUAAGAGACGGCGUGCAGCUGGUAUACAGGAGUUGAUACCGAUAAUCCCAGGGGAAAAGAAAGGGAUGACGAUCGACAAGUGUGACAACAAGAAAAACGCCGUAGUGGACGACAAGGGUAAGACUUUGGGUGUCUGCCUGCCGUUCAGGGGAAGCGGGUUCUCUCAACGGGGCGACGGAGCUGUGCAGAAGUGGACGUCUGAGCAGACCGUCGGCGGCCGGAAGCGGAACCUUGGCUCUCACAAAACGGUGUGGGAGAGGGCAUACACGGUCGCAGUCUGCUGGAAGUUCUACUUCCCGGAUAUUGACAUGCAGGCAUACGGCAUGAAUCCAAACCGUAUUAACAAGUGGCGGGAAGACCUCGAAUUCACAACGUGGCUUCCAACAGGGGUGUGGAGCGUCAUCAACAAACUCCAUCUAGACAAACCGGAUGGGUGA